UCUUUCGUCCCAGCCAUGAAUGCAGAAGCAGUUUCCUCACUUGUAAACUCAGCCACGGCUGAUGGUCGAGGGAAGGUCCCUGUGGAGCAUCUGGACUAUGGCUACAUUGGAAAAUGCCAAGAUGUGAAAUACCUGGAGAAGAUUUUAAGAGUGCUGAGGUCUGGAGAAGAGGGUAUAUACCCUGAUCUGAUCCAGUUCUGUGAGAGUCACCUGGAGAGACUGGACCCUGGGAGCCGAGCGCUCAGGAAGGAGAACCCCGUGGCCACAGCAGCCAGCCUCUCUACAGAUGAGUGGAACCAAAUCAUUGGUGAUCUUAAGACAUGGCAAGAAGAAACCAAAGACACUGAAACAUCACUGAAACAACACUCAAUGUUUAAUGACAUGAAAGCUGAAAAUAUGCCAGCUGUUCGAGGCUUAAAUUGCUGUGUCCCACUCAGUCAGAGCGCAGUUACAAAAGAAAAGAAGAAUUGUUCAAAGAGCACUGUACCACGCGAUUACCGAGAAUGGGACAAGUUUGACGUGGACAAAGAAUGUGAAAGAAUUGAUGGGAAUGAUGCCAAGCAAGAUUCACCUGUCAGAAUAAAAUCUGACUACCCCAACAUUAAAACCAAAGUGAAUGCAUCAACACUGACCCACCAGGAGAAGCUCCUCCUGUCUCAGCGUGAAAAGAACAAAGGCAACGAGGCUUUCAGAGCAAAUGAUUAUGAGGAGGCAGUUGUAUACUACUCCAGGAGCAUAUCCAUUAUACCAACUGUGGCUGCAUACAACAACAGAGCCCAGGCAGAGAUCAAGCUCAAGCACUGGCACAAUGCCAUGAGAGACUGCCAGAGGGUGCUGGAGCUGGAGCCAGACAACAUAAAAGCACUGCUACGCCGGGCCACCAUCCAAAUGCACAUGGGCAACUUCCAAAUGGCUGCUGAAGACCUGAAGAUUGUGCUUCAUGAAGAGCCACAGAAUGCUGCAGCUGCUAAUCUUCUGACUGAAAUUGAUAAGAAGAUAUCAAAAGGCCAACCAGAGCAGGAAAACAAAGGCAAGAAAAUCCUCAUCCAAGAAGUAGAGGAAGAAGAGGACAACAAUGAUGAAGAUGAGAUGAUAGAACAGACUGUUCGUCCGGUUGAACCUAGCCAGCCUGUGGGAGGGGAGGAGAGCGCGGCUGCUCCUGCUGAAAGGGGAGACAUGGGAAACGCACAGAAAAAGUCCCAUGGUAGAGGGGAAGGGGGCCCGCACAGUGAUUCCAACCACUCUCAUCAUGGACACUGGAAGAGCAGAGGCAACUCAGACAAAUACAAAGUAUCCCAGGAGUCUCCAAGUAAAGUAGUCAACGGAACGGGCAAGAGAGGCUCGACAGCGUCACUCAAGGCUGAUCAAAACAGCAGCGGCAAAGGAGCUCCAGCUGGAGGAAAUGCAGGAGGGACUGUCAACCUUGAUGCCCCUUGUGGAGCCCUGCCCCCACCUCUGGCCCGGCUAAAGAAUGAGGGGAACCUGUUCUUUAAAAAUGGACAGUUUGCCGAUGCGCUGGAGAAGUACUCUCAAGCCAUUACCGGCUUCACAGAUUCAGGGAUUCAUAGUCCAGAGGAUCUAUGUAUUCUGUAUUCUAACAGAGCGGCUUGUUACCUGAAAGAUGGCAACAGCCAAGACUGCAUACAGGACUGCACAAGAGCCCUGGAGCUGCAGCCGUUCUCCCUCAAGCCCCUCCUGCGCCGCGCCUUGGCUUAUGAGUCCCUGGAGCGCUACCGCAAGGCCUACGUGGAUUACAAGACUGUCCUGCAGAUAGACAUCAGCGUGCAGGCAGCACACGACAGCGUCAACAGGAUAACCAAGCUUCUAAUCGAGCAAGAUGGUCCAGAAUGGAGAGAGAAGCUUCCAGAGAUUCCCCUGGUGCCUCUGUCCGCUCAGCAGCACCGCCGAGAGGAGCCGCCAAGCGCCGAAGUCCUCCAGGCCCAGGCAGAGAAGGCUGCCAGAGAUGCAGCAAGGAGAACAGAGGUUCUUUUCACAUCUUUGAAGCAAGAAGGGAAUGACUAUGUGAAGAAGAGCCAGUACCAGGAAGCUGUGGGAAAGUACAGUGAAUGCCUUAAGCUGAAGCCUGAAGAAUGUGCUAUAUACACCAACAGAGCUCUGUGCUACGUGAAACUGGAGAGGUUUGCUGAGGCCAAACAAGACUGUGACGCAGCACUGAAACUGGAGCCAACCAAUAAGAAGGCCUUCUACAGACGAGCCAUGGCCAAUAAAGGCCUAAAGGACUACCUGGCGUGCAGCACUGACCUGCAGGAGGUGCUGCAGCAGGAUCCCAGCGUGCAGGAGGCUGAGCGGGAGUUGGAGGAGGUCACUGUGCUGCUCAAACAGAGCCUGGCCGACGCUGCCUCAACCACCAAACCCAGGAAGACCGUCCCGAUCACUGAGGUUGAAGGUGAUGAAGAGACAGCAGCUGUUUCCACCACGGAGAGCAACAGCACAGGAGAGGACAUCACCAUCAACCUGCAGCCAGCCAACGCCUACGAGUUCGGCCAGGCUCUGAACGCGGCUCGCUGCAGGGGGAACAUGGCAGCCUGCGCUGACUUGUUGGCCUCCACUGCCCCGGAGACGCUGCCCCAGUUCCUGAGCACCCAGCUGGACGGACACACUGUCAGCUUCAUUAUGCAGACACUGGACUCCCACCUCCUGGAAAAAGACCCCAACCUGGUGUACCAGCACCUCAACCACCUGCACACUACCGACAGGUUCUCGGUUGUGCUGAUGCUGCUGGAGAAGGACGAGCGUCGCCACAUGACUCAGCUGUUUGAGCAUCUGUCUGCAGUGGAGAGCACUCAGUUCACUAAGAAUGAUGUCCAGAAUCUGGCAAACAAAUACAUCUGACCCUCCCGCUCCCCUCUGCUCCCUCCCACUUGAGUUACCACGACGACACCUCAGAUCUAUGCAAAACACGGCACAAGUCCUCAGCUCAUAAGGGCAGGAAGCUGCAGAGUGUGCCCUGGUCCCCAGAGCAAUACUAUGGACCACAUUCAUUCUACUUGUCUCUAUUUUUUUCUGAUCACUGUAUAUUUCACCAAUCACAUAAGGAAUACAUUUUUCUCUCCAAAGCAUUUUGCUAUUCAGACAUACUUUUGUACCACCACUAACCAUUUGCAAUGUAGGCCCUGCAACAGUUAAUGUUUUGAGUGUAGGGUCCAAUGUCCACAUUGCGUAAGGCCACCACCAAAUGUUUCCCUACAGGCUGCUCCCAUCUGCUCAGGAUAGACUCAAGUCCACAGAACUGACAGCAGUGGUCUUUGAACCUUGUCGAGGCUUUCAUAUCAGUCAUGCAAUAAGCACGACUACAGGUAAAGCUGCUUGGUCGGAAGAGCUCUUGGAAAUGAUAUUCGGUUGCAUGUGGAAUAUUACAUAGGAAAGCAGUAAAUAAUGGCAUUUGCUACUGAGCUAAUAACUAUAAUUAAGACAUUCCUUGCUGAAGGAGAAAACCAUAUAGUUACAGCAACGGUUAUAAGUGUCCAUUGCCUGUUUGUAAGAAAGAGUAAGCCUUUUGUAAAAGAAGCAUGGCGUCUGUACAGUAUGAUGUCAGUACCUGUUGAACUGUUGGAACUAUCUACUGACAGUGUUGUAGUGGGAGAAAGACAGAUUUUUUUUUAACUCGGAUUUGAUUUUGUUUUUCAUGUAAUGCAUGUAAAGCAAUGCGCUGAUCAGAUUUUGGGUUACACUAGGAAAAAAAAACUCUGCUCUAAUGUAAAUUCACUCUGUAAGACCAGCUAGCAAAUCUUCGUAAAGGUAUGGCAUGAUGUCAUUCCUGUAUUUGCUUACCAAAUGUAAGGCUGCCAGUUAUUGCUCAUAUGCACAUUAAUGUUUAGCUCAUUGCAGUUGGACAUGCAGCCCAGCACACUGGAGAGAAGCAGCAUCUGUAUGAGAUGUGUGCCUUGGAUUUCUGGUCAGGGGGUGACUGUUUUGUCUUUGGUGAGCAUAGACAGGCUCAAGCUGCUCCUCAAGGGAGAACACAUUUGUUCAAUAGCUGUCAUUAAAAAUUUAACAUGGUUUGGAUUCAGGCAAAGCAGCAUUGCAGAUUUCAAACUGGUGUCCAUGCUCACAAAUGUCUUAACAGCGUGUCAUCAAGUCAGGAAUUCAUAUGAAUGAAUAGUUUUGGUUUACUGUUGAAUAGCUGCUAUCCAAACUUACAACUGGAGGCUCUCUGAAUCCAAACCAUAGAUCUAUUUUUUACAUCUAAUCAAUUCUAAAUGAAUGUAUUGUGUUCAGUUCAGGGAGACAAGCUGGGAGCCAAGAGGCACUACCUGCAUGUUCUACAGUUUCUCCACACUCUAUUUCAGUAGAGAUUUACUAAAAUGUUGUUUUAAAGAGUCACAAAGGUUUAUUUAUCAAUAAACUCAAAAAUACUUUGUAAAGGUGUAUUUCUCUAUGCUAUAAAUAAAUAAAUAUGUAAAUAUGUUAUGGAUAAUGAGUUGAAUAAAGACCAAAUAAUGAAAACUUUAA